AGUUAAGGUUAGGUUAAUUUUUAAAAGAUAACGUGUGGGUAUUGUGUAUCUCUUACAAGUUGUUUGGAUUUUGUUCAAUAAAUUACAUGUGAUUCGAAAUAAUUUCACGAAUGUUAUCACCAGCCAACAUUGAAUUUAUGAUUAAGAAGAAAUGUUUUUUUUUUUAUACAAUGUAUUUUGUAUAUUGACGUAAAUUGGAUGCAAGAUGUUGAGCAGAAGCUUCAUGACAGUAGUAACUUCCUGGUCAGGAAAAAAUAAGCACAUCUUGAAGAUAUAUUGCUCGACGUCGACCAGCGAUACUUCUUAUGUAAAAGAAGCCAAAUAUAAAGAUUCUACAGCGAAGAAGAUAGAAGAAGUAAAAUCAAAAGUAAAGACGAAAACAAAAUCUAUAUUGGAUGAUGAAGAAACACUCCAUAUUAUUAACAAUGUGUACAAAAUUAAUCCAGAUAUAAUCAAUGUUUGUACAAAUCAAUUGAAAUUAUGUAAGACAGAUGUUGAUGGGUUAUAUUUAAUUGACAGAAAUACUGCUGCAAAAUAUGUCUCUUUGAUUAAAAAUGAUCUGUUAAAGAAUACAUGUUUUGUUGCCGAGUUGAGUCCUGGUUACGGUGUGUUGACUACAGAAUUAUUGAAAGCUGAUGUACCAUUGAUUCAUCUAUAUGAAGCAAAGAAGGAGUUACAUCCAAUACUGAAUGCAAUCCAUAACAUGUAUCCCGGAAGAUUGGAUUUGAGAAAUUUUCAUCUUUUUGCAAUUUACAAAUUAUUUUAUAAACUUAAAGAUGAGAAUCAGGUACAGCAGAUACUUCAAGGAGUGGAAAAUAAAAAAUGGGAAGACAAAACUUCUAUGCAGAUAGUUGGUGCAACAGCUAGCAAAUAUUUUUUUUAUAAUCUUAUACAAAGCUUACUAUUACGCAAUUGCUUUAUGACUCAUGGAAGACCUGUCUUCUACUGUGCGGUACCUCCAUCUCUAUGGAAUAAAUGCAGUUGUGGCAUAGAUAACAAAAGAAUGUAUACUUAUACAAAAGUGAUAUUUCAAACAAUGUUUGAUUAUAAACUUCUGGGAACAUUAAAUAGAAAUGCUUUUCUACCUUGGCCAAGAAAAAACAAUAAACAGAAACACAAUUUAAGUCGUAUAUGGGCCAAGCUGGAUUAUGAGCAAAUAAAUGUGGUAAAAAUUGAGCCAAAAAUCGAUCUUUACUCACAAUUAUCAUUUGAAGAUUGGAUAACGUUUUCGUAUUUUGUAAAACAUCACAUGCAGAAACGUUGUAACAGAGUGAUACCUGAAUUAGAGAAAUGGGUACCAGGCUGUGGAAUUAGACUAAUAGCUAAAGAUUAUACAAUAUUUACACAGUUUGGUGACUUAACUCCAGCACAAAUAGUGGAACUAUUUAAGGAAUUUAAAUCCUGGCCUGAAUAUAAAGAGAGUAAUUUCCUAGCUUCUAUGAACGAAUCAAGUGUACAUAAUGAAUUAAUAGCUGCAGAAUUGGAAGAUAACAUGAAGAUAGAUGAGUGAUUCUCUUUCUUUUUCUAUCUCCUGAACGAGUAAUGAUAUGAUCUUUCUUAGCAGUGGGCAGCGGGC